AAAUCAAAGUCGAAGACUCAUCACGAAAGAUCGUAUUUUGGAGAGAGAGAGAGGGAAAGAAGAUGAACCAGAACCCAACUCAAAACCAGAACCAGCAACCGAGCGACGGCGGAAAGCACGACGAUGACGCCGCCCUCACCGACUUCCUCGCCUCCUUGAUGGACUACACCCCCACCAUACCCGACGAGCUCGUGGAGCAUUACUUGGCCAAGAGCGGCUUCCAGUGCCCCGACGUUCGAUUAAUCAGGCUGGUAGCUGUCGCCACGCAAAAGUUUGUUUCUGAGGUUGCAACUGAUGCUCUUCAGCAAUGCAAAGCGAGACAGGCUUCUGUAGUCAAAGACAAAAGGGACAAACAACAAAAGGAUAAGCGUCUAAUAUUGACGAUGGAAGACCUGUCAAGGGCAUUGCGUGAGCAUGGCGUCAAUGUGAAGCACCAAGAGUAUUUUGCGGACAGCCCUUCAACUGGGAUGGAUCCUGCAACAAGGGAAGAGUAAUUUGCAAUUGGAUUCGCGUUAUUCCAUUUACAGUGUGUGGUUGUAUUAGUAAUUCUACAUGGAUUAGGUGAUGCUCGAUCGCUCUUUUCUUUUGCUUCGUCUACUGGUGUUUUUCGGCGGAAGAUAUUCUUGAUAUGAAGUAGUUAACUUGUACAUGUAUGGAUUAAUUAGUAAAACGAUUGCAUCUCGUUUA